UGUGGCUUAACAGAUUUACUUUAAAAGGUGAGAGUGUUGCAUAUCAUAUUGACAAUGUCGAAACAGCCUCAAAUGGAUAAUGGCCAUGUACGAGACUUCUCCGAAUUCUGUGAGCAACUUAACGACAUUAGAAUAAAAUUUCUCAAAUGGGACAGCUGUGAAAGAACCGUAGGGCUUUACUACCUGAUGGUAGGACUACCUUUUGCUAAUGCAAGAUUUUUACAAUACACUCUAGAACAAUGUAUAAGUACUGUUAAUACUCCAGCAGCACAACUAUUAGAACGAAAUGCCAAUGAUACUAUAUAUAUCUCAAGUUUUCUAUUGGAGUCUCCCCAGGUAGCUUUAACAUUAUUGUUGACACAUUUGCCACUUUUGCGGCCUGAUAAUAAAAAAACAGCUGAUUGUUAUUUGAGAGUUAUAAAACAAGUUUUGAUGGAAUUCAUUUCACCACCUAUUAGGAUUUAUAAUGAAUGUGUGGAAAUUAUGUCUUAUUUAUAUAUUCAUCCAGCUUUUAAUAAUGAAGACAAGACCUCUUUUAAAAAUUUAUUAAAACAGGUUGUAUGUAAAUUAAAUCCCCAAACAUUUGUGCAUUCAUCAGCGACCGAAUCUAGUGAUGAAUCUGUAAGUCCCAAUCCCGAUUCUCAACAAAAUUUAAAACAGAGGCGCUCAAACAGUCUUACACCAGCCCCUGAUAACAUAAUUCCAACUCAAGACAAUUGGUAUUCACAAGAAAACCUAAGUGAACCCAUUGCCAAACCUAGAAGCUAUUCAUUGUCUAGCGAAAAAUCACUACUAGCUGGUUUGACCAAUUUACAGUCAAGCAGAUCUGAAACGAGGUUACAAGACCUGAAAUUGAUGAACAAUCUGCCUGCCAUGAAGAGCAUUAUAUCUUGGUUGAAAUCAUUAAGGUUGCACAAAUACAGUUGGGUGUUUAAUAACUUGACAUAUAGCCAAAUGGUUAAUUUAACAGAAGAGACUUUGCAAAGGAUAGGCAUCACUAAGGGAGCUAGGCAUAAGAUUUUACUAAGCGUUAAUAAACUGAAAGAGAGAGGAUCCAUGUUGACGGAAUUAGAAACUGAGGUUAUGAAUGGAGGAGACUUGAAUAUUGCAUUGAAAAAAUUGAAGAGUGUUUUGCAGAGUCCUUUGCAGAUUUCUGGCGGGGAAGAUUUACCAUCUCAGUUCAUCAAAGUUAUGGGAAAAGUUUGUACACAAAUGUUGAUGUUAAGACAACCGUCAGACGACUAUCUGAUGAUGUUCAACUCUUUAUGUGAGAAAGCAGAAACUAUGGACGCAUUUACGGAUGAACAGAAAAAAAGAGUAAACAUGUGGCGGAGUCAGCUUAUUAAAGAUGAUAUAAUUCCUGCACACAAUGGAAAACCAAAGAAAAACAAUAAUAAUCAUCAUCAUCAUAGAGCCUUAGUGGACAAACAAAAAUUACAAAAAUUGUGCAACUCGGUUCAAACAGCAACAUACGCCAAAAAGAGCUCUUCGUUCCCCAACAUGCAGAACAGCCCUCAGUGGAAUACCCAUCGACAUUCCGUAGGAAGCAUAACCUUACAAAAUCAGCUGUUUUCGGCCAACACAAACAAUCCCGUAAGGAAUCAGAGCUUUCAAAAUUAUAUAAACCAUACGAUCGAACAGAGUCCUAAACAAAUCAGCUUACCAAAGUUAAAGUUGAAACAAGAUAAUACGGACAUUGAAAGUAGUUUAGAGUCAUUGUGUAUACAAAUGAUGGAGCACGCUCUAGGACCUUAAUGAAAAUUUCUAUUAGGAAUUCAAUAGAGUUUAAAUGGUAUCAUCAUGUUGGGAUUUUUAGAGUUGGACACCAAUUUUGAAUUUAUUAAAAUGACCAUAUAAGUUUGUCUGUGAUUAUUGAUAAGCGAAAUUUCUAUCACUUGUGUUUCUGUUUAUAAACUGUCUGUUCUUAUAUGGUUUCACGAUUGUCACAGUUUUUGAUCCAACUCUUAAAAUACGCCUACAUAACAAACGGUAAUGGCCUAUUUUAAUGACAUUUUUUGUGCUAUUAGCACAAUAUAUUUUUAUUUUAUGAAUUGUAAAUAGUUUUGAACUGCUGGCAGAUUAUUUUAUUUUCCAAUAGCCUGAGAACCAGGCGUCAAAGUCGUAAGGGCAAAUUAAUUUAGCCUGAAUAAAAAAAAUUGUUAUUAAUUGCUAAAUACAAAAUAGAAACAAAGUGCAACGUUAGUUAGCUUGUCUCGAAACAGAAAUAUCCUUUGUAAAACACAUUAGUUACUCUUAAUCAUAUUUGAAGACACAAGUGGAUGAAGGGCCUAUGCAACAUUUUUUUUAAAUGGUGAUUUUCUGUGAAUGCAGGGCUUAUGUAUCUAAAAUUCGUUUAAAAUGUCUUCCGUGACAAUAUAUCAUCAAAUAUAGAAGUUGCUAUUUGAUAAAGGACCCAUGUACUAGGAAAUAACUGCCAAACAAUAAACUUUGACAUGAAAUAUCUCGUAAAAAUUAUUUUGCUACAUUUGUGUCUUCAUUUAUUUUGAUGCAAUUGCUGUCAAAUGAAAUCUAGCUUUCUCUCUAUCAAUAUCGAGGGUUUCCUUUGUUUAGACUCAAAAUGGAAGCUCCUAUAAGAAACUUGCAUAUAUUUUGAUGCAAUUGAUGUCGAAAGAAAGUUGACAGCUUUCUCUUCAACAAUUUGUUGUUAUGUUUAGCAAUCAAUAAAUAAUCACUUUUUUAAUUCAGUCUAAAAUAAUAAUUUACCUCUUCGAUUUAUUGUGAUCGACUCUUUAGAUUGUAGGUUUCAGUUUCGCGUUUUUAUUUUUAUUGUGUGUAUAUUAACUACAUGUUUAUGUUGCAAAUUAUGUUCUAAACGUUUUUUUUUUUUUGUAAAUACUGCUGUGACGAUUGAUGAUUACUCAUAUUUUUUUGUAUGUAUUGUUUCUCUUUCGAGGUAAUUUCUUUUUUAUCCUCUUAAUUUUUCGAAAAAUGUGACAUAAUAUGGUAUAUAUUUCUUCAAGUUUUUGAGCAAUGACGUUCGACACAUGCUAUUAGGAAAAAUAAGGGAUGUAGGUGUGUAAAAGAUUAAGGUGAAGUAUCGCUUAAUUUUGAAUUAUUCUUAAAAGAGAUAUUUACCUAAUUCCCAAUAGUUUUCUUAAUGAAAUGUGUCUCAAGAGUUUAAGUUAAUUUCAACACCCUAUAUGAGGCUAUGAGUGCAAUAGUGGACUAACCCCAAA